UUUAUGGAAUAGAUUCAUACAAAUCCUUCAUAUUUUCCUGAGUAAUUGCCAAUUUUGUUUAUUUUUCCUUUUGCUGUUUGCAAUUAUUUUCACCAAUUCCAAGUAAUAAAUGAGGAAUUAUUGUCCGGUAGAGAACGAUGCUUUAAAUAUUAUAUAUUUUGAUAGAUCUACACGUGAACAUAAAUUAGUUAAUUGGGAGGGAAUUAAACGAGAUUAGAUUCUUGGUGGGGUAAAAUUCAGAAUCUUUCGCUAUGAUACCACAUAAAACAAACGAUUACUCUAAAAUCAUAAGCAAGUAGAGAACGGGGUUUCAAUCAUUCAUAUUCAACAGUAAUCAAUUAAAAUUCUGCAAAAAGAUAUGAUUUUUGUUAUAUAUAUAUUUUUGUGCAAUUGCAAAAAUGGAUCCGCGCAAUACUCUAUCAAGAAUUGUUUACUGAAGAAGGAUUCAGAGAUAACAACCCUGAAUGAAACACAGCAUUGUGACAAGCAUCAGAUAAUGAAGAUACAGAUACCAUUUUACUUUCUUUUUUUCCUUACAUUGUCUUAUAAUAUGUUGUAGCCAUACAAUUCAUGUCAACAUAAAAUUUUGGCUCUUUAUGUAUUAUAUAUAUUUUUUUGAUCUUGUGUACUAUAUCUGAGGAGAUUCAAGUAACACAUGAAAAAUCAUAAUCUGAAACUGAAACUGCCGAAAUCAUUGAUGUUACAAGUUGAAGGUUAGAACUUGGUCAUUGUACUGGUUGCUUUCCAAUGCAGUGAAUUCGAUUCUCCGAGUUAAUUUAGUCUUUUCGAAGAUCCUAAAUUCCUCUUAUUUCUGCUCCUUUUAGAGAACCGAGAUUCGCGAUGGAAAGCCGCGGCAUUCAUGAUCGAGAAGAGGCAUUUUUGUAGCAGCCAUUUAUGGAUCCUCUGCAGGGGGGUGAAGGCAGUAGCAGCAGUAAAAAGAAGCAUUCUGAUGCUACUCUGACCGAACAUGACGAAAAGGAGCAGCCGAUUAUACGAGACGACAGCAGCGUCGAGAAAGAGACUCCGCAAUCGUGUUCUUCGUCUUCUGACGAUUCGUCGGAAGAAGAUCUCUUCCAAUUCGACAUACCAUUAGUCAGCAAUCCGGCUCCCGACAGUGCCAAUCCUCACUUGGCCUCCAAUUCAGCGAAUGCGGUCGCAAGUCUGAUCGACGAUGACAUGAUAUGUCUCGGUCAUCAACUUGAACAUGAUGAGUUGAGCGAGCUCGGGCCGAAGCAGUCACCUGCGAUUCAAGUGAUGAAUACUGCCUCUGACGUUCCCGACCCGAAUCGGAUCCCUUCUUCGGUGUUCGCAAGGACUAAGUCUGCGACGCCGAUGGAAUGGAGUGUGGCUUCCAAUGAAUCUUUGUUCAGCAUUCAUGCCGGUAACUCGAGCUUCUCGAGAGACCAUGUUUUUCUUUCUGGCAAAUCCGAAGAACUGUUGAGUAACUACUCUUCAGGUAGUCCACUGGAUCUGUCUGCACCCGUACCACCGAAGUCCGAUGCCAGUCCUCUGACUACGAAUGCGGCGACAGUAGCAGAGAGUGGUGGUAAUGCAGCUGCAAAGGAUGUUCUGAAUGAUAGUACAGAGGGGGUCGGAGAUUCGGAUAGGCGUCCGGUCGAGAAGGCGCCUUCGCCUUCGUCUGCUAGUUUGUCGUGUCGCUCCGGUAGCAGCACGACGAGCUUUCGCUCCUUUGCUUUUCCAAUAUUGACAGGGGAAGGGAGGAGUGGGUCAAUAAAGGUCGAGCCCGAGCUUCCGGUGUCGACAAAUUCAGAGCAGCCACAGCAGCAGCCAGCGACAGCGGCGCCGUCUCAGGCGGAGACCCCAAAAGUCGGCCCCCCUUCAGCUGCUGCUGCUGCUGCACCUGCUGCUGCAGCUGAGAACAGAUGGUUUCCUUGCUGUGCUUGCUGCCCUUUCUGCUGCUGAUAGCUGAGCAUUCCUAGCAGAUCUCUUUUUUCGUUUUUUUUUUUGGGGGUGGGGUGGGCCCUGUUUUUUAAAUUUUUUUAAUUCCAAUUGCUGCUGGAUGGACUUGACAAGCUGAUCACAGCUUUAUGAAACAUUAAAUUUUGGGAGGUAUACUUUUUGCCCUGUGGAGUUGUGAAA